AUGUACGCCGAGAUGUCGCCUCCUCUCAACGGCCAUAUCGCAGACUACCAAUCUUUUUUCCUCUCUUGCAAAAGGCUCAAGGCUGAAGCCGAAAUCGAGGUUGUCCGAAACAUGCAACACUUCCUCAAAGACGUAAAGAGUACCUGGGACAAGACAUAUGGCGCACCGCUCCGCAUCAAUAUCCCUAUUCAGGUCGAUCAGAUCACACAUGUCGAGAUCGGAAUCCCGACGUCAAUUCUGCAAAAACCGGAUACGUUUGCCAGGUUUCCAGCCGCUUUUGCGCUCUUGCCUUCCUUGUAUAUCGCUCGUCUCACGUUUAUAUUCUAUGACGAUAAAGACGGCUGGGAGGACAUCACUUCGUUUGCUCAUAGAGAACGCGCCCUCGGUUUUUUUCGAUUUGAAGAUCAUUUAUCAGAUAUGGUGACGAGAGACAUGAAGCUCUGCCUCGACAACGAUACCGAGUCACCCCACGCUUCCGGCAGCAAUGUCGAUGAAAUCAGAUUCAUCUGGGAAGAUUCGCUGAAGUCAGUCACGAGUACUUCUUACUCUGAGAGGGCCAAGGGUCUUGGAUAUAUGGGAGCCUAUGAGCUUUGGUACCUAAGGAAAUCGACAAGUUCUCGUGGCAUCUUUGGUUUUUUCUGGAAAAGGAAGCAGCCUUAA